CUUAAAAAUACUUCUCCAACAAAAUGCCAAGAAAGGAAUAAGUACUAGCGGCCGCUCUCCGCAAAAUUAUUUCUCCACCUCUUUCGAUUAAAAAAAAAUAACUUUGGAAAAGCUUUACACCAGCUAACAAACGACAAGCCAUUACAAAACAACAUACUUGGAGGAGGAACUCCACGCAUGAAUAUAAUUCCGAUACGUUGCAGCGCGUACUUUAUCGGACAGACUGUCCAUCGUCGAUUGUUCGUAAAUUCCUUUUCUCGAGGAUCGAAUUGAAUACUUGGUUCGAGAACGAAGUAUUCCCCAUCACUUCUACAUCGAGGCGCAUCCAACCAGAAGCACAACAGUAAUAUCCCAGAAAGCAGCAAAAGAAGAAAGACAGACAGACAAGAUGGUACAAGGUGCUCUUAAAUCAACUAAAAGUGCAUUGGCGGGUGGGAAUAGAGCGAAUGGGGCGGGGAAAAAAGCGGCGUUGGGACCGAAGAAGGGGCAGAGGGUUAUUAAGGCUAAGAGGGAGGGGUUGAGGAGGAGUGAGGUUUUGAGGAAGGUUAGUGAUUUUGAGAGUUUUCUUUUGGGGUUUUGUGUGCAGGGGAUAGUGGAAGGUUGGAAAGAAAUAUGAUGACGCACUUACAUAUGCAUGGCUUUCCUAGUGGCUUCCUCGAAAGAGUUGAGGCUUCUUUGACGAGUACAAGUACCUGUCUGAUUUUGGAUUUCUUGUAUUUUUAAGGGAGGGGAUGAAGCGCGAGUUGGAAUAAUGAACAUAAGAGUCUUUGCUAACGGACUCUUCAAAUAGAAACACUCAGCAGGCUUAACAGCUAUGACGGAAAAAACGCUCGGUGCGAAAGCGGGACAUUUGGAGUUAUUGGGUGUAGGAAAGAAGAGUAAAGCAAAGGAUGGAAAGGGUGUGGAAACCAAGGGGAAGGGAAAUGCCGGAGCCACGGUUCAUGGUGGGCAGAAAGGUGGGACGAGGAAAUUUGGUUAGGGUGGUGUUAUGUUAAGUGCAACGAAAAGGAAGAGACAGGACGAUGACUUCUUUAAUCAAUACUGGACUGGAUGGAGUUUGGUUGGUGUUCACUUAUGAUAUGACUGGCUGGCUGGCGUUGAUGGAUAUGAAUAAAGUCAGGGAUAUGGGAAUGGGAAUUCAUGAGAUAGAAUUAUAAAGAUUCACAUACAGAAUGACGACUGAAAGAGACAUUAUAGAUAAAUCAUAAAUGCAUAUACACAGUACAAUACUGAAUAAUAUUACC